AUGUCGUUCGACCUCAAGGAUAUCCCUCUCCCGACUAUCGACCGCCCGUUCGGCAUCCAGCUAUGGCCUUAUUUCAACAAGGCGUUCGAGCUUGCCCUCGGCUAUCCUGCCGACGACUUCCGCUUCGUGUCAGGCGAGACCCCCAUGUCGACGCUGCAGGAAACCGCCGCCGCGCUGGUGACAUACUAUGUGGUCAUUUUCGGCGGCCGUGAGGUUAUGAAGAACUUCUCCGCGCUGAAGCUCAACACGCUCUUUAUGCUCCACAACUUUGUCCUCACUUCUGUCAGUGGGAUCCUGCUGGUUCUUUUCUUGGAACAGCUGAUUCCAACGAUCUACCACCACGGUGUUUUCUACGCCAUCUGCAGUCACGAGGGCGGAUGGACCCAGCCUCUCGUUGUUUUGUAUUAUCUCAACUACUUGAACAAAUACUUUGAAUUCCUCGACACUCUUUUCCUCGUCCUGAAGAAGAAGCCGUUGACCUUCCUCCACACCUACCACCAUGGCGCCACUGCUCUUCUGUGCUACACCCAGCUCCUCGGCUUGACUUCGGUUUCGUGGGUGCCAAUCACUUUGAACUUGCUCGUGCACGUCGUCAUGUACUGGUACUACUUCCAGAGUGCUCGUGGAAUCCGCAUCUGGUGGAAGAAGUACAUUACCAUUCUCCAGAUUGCCCAGUUCGUGAUUGAUCUUGUUUUCGUCUACUUUGCGUCUUACACUUACUUCUCGAACACCUACUUCCAAUGGGCCCCGAACUACGGAACUUGCGCCGGUGAGGAGUUUGCAGCCUUCUCCGGAAUGGGAAUCCUCACCUCGUACCUGGUUCUCUUCAUCUCUUUCUACUUUGUCACCUACAAGAAGACCGCCAAGACUGGACGCCCUCGCAGAAACACCGGUCGCCAGGCUUUGAUAGAUAUGAAGGACGCCCAGCUUCCCAGCGUUCCCGUCGCCGGCCAUGCCAAUGGCAACGGUGCCGCCAGCCGUAAUGGCAAGGGUCCGGUCACCCGCUCUCGCAAGGCUUAG